GAAUGCCUCUUUUUCCUCUUAAACUGUCGUUGCAUAAUUCGCUUCUCAAUAUGCAUCUCAGCGGCAAUCUUAGUACUCUUUGUUUCUAUCACUGGGUUUUUGUCAGUUACUUAGCUCUGUUCCAUCUUCCUUUGCAUUAUGCUCUAUCGUUCAACUUCCCUUAUUUUACAAAUGAAGGCAGGCUGGAGUUAAAUGGCACUGCUUCCAUCCUAAAUGGAGUUCUAUCACUCACCAGUGACCCCAAUAACAAUACCUCAGCCGGUAGAGCCGUAUAUUUUGAAGAUAUGCAACUUUUUGAUCCGAGUACGGGUAAAUUCACAGACUUCACUACUCAUUUCUCAUUUAAAAUAUCAACGGUUACUCAACCAGGCCAAGAUGGGCUUGCCUUUUUCCUUGCACCCAAAGGUUCUCUGCUCCCGGUUGAUGCUCAGGGAGGAUGCCUUGGACUUUUUAGCAGAUGUCACAAUUUCACCGUAACACCAAAAGGUGAUCAGUUAGUUGCUGUUGAGUUCGACACCUUCAAAAAUGAUUGGGAUGCAAUCGAUGGUGAACAUGUCGGUAUCAACAUCAAUUCCAUCCGAUCAGUACAAAGAAAGGAUUCGGGCCGGAGUUUGAAAAAUGCAUCGAGAGUUGAUGCUAGUAUCCGUUAUAAUUCUAAGGCAAACGAAUUAAGCGUAUCAUGGACCUUCCCAGACGAUCCAUUUGUUGGUGGGAAUACAAGCCUUUCACAUAGUAUUAACCUAACGGAAGUUCUGCCUGAAUGGGUGUCUAUUGGCUUUUCUGCUGGAUCUGCCUACUUCUUUGAGACACAUGAAAUCCUUUCAUGGGAGUUUGUAACAAUGUCGGUGUUUGCAUGGAGGAAGAGGACUAGAGGAAAAGGAAAAAGGGGUACUGUAGAGAAUUCUGAGUCCAUGGAACGAGAAAUGGAAAACGGUACAGGACCAAAGAGGUUCCCUUAUAUUGAACUUGUUCAAGCCACGAACAACUUUGCAGAAGAAGGCAAACUUGGUGAAGGAGGGUUUGGUGGGGUUUAUAAAGGAUUCUUGAGCGACUCGGAUCAGUUUGUUGCAGUCAAAAAGGUUUCUAGACGCUCCGUUCAGGGAAAGAAGGCAUACAUAUCAGAGGUAAAAAUCAUUAGCAGAUUGAGACAUAAAAAUCUGGUCCAACUCCUCGGUUGGUGCCAUGAAAAUGGCGAUCUUCUUCUCGUCUACGAGUUCAUGGCGAACAGUAGCCUUGAUUUUCACCUUUUUGGAGGUAGAACAAUCAUUCCAUGGGCAGUGAGGUAUAACAUAACACUUGGUCUUGCCUCUGCACUGCUUUAUCUGCACGAAGAAUCAGGGCAAUAUGUGGUGCAUAGAGAUAUUAAAUCGAGCAACAUAAUGCUGGAUUCAGAUUUCAAUGCGAAGCUUGGGGACUUUGGGCUAGCAAGGCUGAUGGAUGAAGUGCUAGGCGUCAGGACAACUGGAGUGGCCGGAACUUGGGGUUAUAUGGCACCAGAAUACGUAAGAACAGGAAAGGCAACUAAAGGAACAGAUGUCUUUAGCUUUGGGGUGGUGGCGCUGGAAAUAGCAUGUGGAAGAAGAUCAACAGAACCCGCGGAAUACGAGGGGCCUCACGUUCCCCUGGUUGCUUUGGUCUGGGAGUCGUAUGGAAAUGAAAGUCUUCGUGAUGUGGCUGACAAGGAAUUGGGCAUGGAGUUUGAGACGAAAGAGAUGGAGUGUUUGAUGACGGUUGGACUUUGGUGCGCUCACCCAGAUCAAAGUCGGAGGCCGUCCAUAAAGCAAGCCAUGCAGGUUCUCAAUUUCGAGGCACCGUUGCCAAAUCUUCCAAACAACGUACCAGUUCCCAGCUACGAUAUCCCUGCAGACAUCCCACGCUUAACCCCAGCGUUAACCGGUACGGGUGCUGCGCCCUCGAUCUCUUAUUCGUCGAUCAAUAUCGGCCGUUAAUUAGAUAUAUCAUGUGAUUUCUUUCACGGUGCUAUAUAAUAUAUAUGCAUGCGAUGCUAUAUAUAAUUAAUUAAUUGUUUGCCAGAUCCGUGGUAUAUGUUUUCCUGCAAUAAUGAUUGUGAUUCUGUGAAGAAUGAAGAAUUUCUAUUUUUUAUUUUUUUGUC